GCGAAGCGACCUUUAAAAAGACUACACAUUUGCAUAGACGCGAGACGCACGUGCGAUCGUCAACUCCACCACAUUUCCGCGUGAUACGCACGCGGCGAGGCAGCUCACAGCCACAGAAGACACACACACACAACGAAGACUCCUGCUCCUCCUUUUUCUUUUUUUACUUCCGUAUCACGAGCUGCAUGCAAGCAGCGCGCACAUCUUACUGCUGUGCAACAUACAUAUAGACUCUUCUUCUUCUUUUUCAUAACUUAGAACGAUGCCGCCGUCUGCUGGAGCGCCGGCGUCACGGCCGCGGUCCGCGGAACAGAUGGCUCGCCUGCUGCUCUCCAACGGCUUCCGCUACGACUCGUGGGAAGCCAAGCAGACUGCAAAGAGCAUUCAAUCCCACGGUGGCGCCUGUGUAACGCUGCAGCUCACCUUCCGCGACGCCUCGCCGGAAGCGCUACAGGCAACCGAGAUGGACGCCGUGAACCUCGUCCUCUUCGACCCGGCACGAAAGAUGUUCUACGGCUCGUCCUACCAGCUGGAGCGGCACCAGCUCACCCGGCCCAUCGUCGUGCAGACGGCACCGUCGCAGGUGUUGGUGGUCGAGACGCUCGCGCAGGAGACGCGCCCGGAUCGGUCGCUGGAGCAACACCGCGUCACGCGCUGGGGCUGCUGCCCGGUGGAGGAGCUGAAGAACGGCGGCACCUCCUUCACGCUGCACCGCGGCACGGCGCAGCUGCUGCAGGUGGACCAAUCCUCCUGGCCGGCGGAGUGCCUCCCAACGGCGCCGAGUGAUGCGGCGCUGCUCUGCGACGUUGCCGUCAACGCAGACGCGGCGCUGGCGAAGCUGAUGAGCGAGCUCGUGCCUCCUGGUGUCUUCGUCUCCGCCGACUUCACGCGCAGCACGCCGAAGCCCGGCACCUCGACCUUCCGCCUCACCGUCAAGAACAUCGAGCUCGCCGCCACGUCGAAGGACUCCGCCGUGAACUUAGCCGACCCGGACGCUGACUGGUCGGUCGCCGCCAUCGCCCACAACGGCUUUCGGCCGCUCGGGAAAGGCAGCGAGGUGCCGCUGCUGCUCGUGAGCUCUUCGGAAAAAACCAGCAAUGGUGGCGGUCGUGGGCGCCAUGAAAGUGGCAGCAGCUCCUCCUCCUCCCCGUCCUCCUCGACGUCUAGUCCGCACCCAAUCAGUGCAGCGCCGAAUACGGUUCUCCUCCGCUCCGAUCUUCCGCUUGAAAUGGACCGGCUGCCGGUGCACUCCUCGACGUCGCUUGUCAUGGCGGUGCGUCGCCGCGCACCGGGUUCGCGUGCCUUCGCGGUGGUCGGCUUCUGCGUGCUGCCGCUCUGCAUGAUGCCGAUGGAAGACCGUGACAUUCGCGUAGAGAAUUUGCCUGCGUUGCGCGGUCCCUUCUCGUGCGAGGAUGCGCGGCUGCUGAUGUUGGACUCCACCAGUCCCUACGGGCGUGUGCCGAUAGCCGUGACUCUCACCGUAGAGUACCACGACACCGGUGUAGCCCCCUCCUCGUCCGCCGCCGCCGCAGCAGCAGCAGCAGCGGCCGGUGUUGGUGCGGGUGUCGCUGCACCGCUGCCGGUGCCUGAGGAAAUCACACGAGAUGACGUGUCCUCCGCCUCGGCGUCUGUGCUCAGCGACCAUCCACCGCCGGCGGCAGCGGGGGGGAAGCCUACGCGUGUGCUGUCCACCGCGGAUCAGAUUCCCUCUCCGGCGAUGCCAGGAGUGACGCCGUUAGAGGGCGCUCCGACGUCGCAAGCACCGACGAUGCCGGCCGCGCUCGCCGCGUCUCGUGCUGCCGGGGACGACGUCGGCAUCUUCAAGCUGCUCUGCACCAUCAUGGAGGAGUUGCACAAGGUUCGUGAGUCGCAAGACGUGCUGCUCCGGCAGACGAGCGGUCUGGGCAGCGGGCCCGCAGCGCUGAGUCCCGCCAUGCAGGAGCGUCUCAACAAAGGCUUAGCCGAUGGGGAGGUGGAUGUGAUUGACCUCGCCCCGCGGCCGCUGGCGGUCUCCUGGUGUGCGCGCCGCCUUAUGCAGGAGGGCGUGCAGCCCCUUCUCCACCCUCUCCACGGCACGCUGCUGAAUGACGCGGCACCGAUGGUGGGCCAGCUGAACUCCUCCCUGUACGGUUUCCGUGUGGAAGGCAUCACGGUGGACAACGCGGUGUACAUGCCGGCUGACGUGUGUUUGCUCUUCUCCUUUGGUCCUCUGAGCUACCAGCAGGUGGGCCCCCUGCGCAUGGUCUCCGUCGAGGAGACGACGACGAACAGAAGCUUUAAGGUGUACGACAGUCAGGAUCGAGCCGGACUGGUCUGGUGCGAGCCGACGGAGGCACUGCAGAGCAGCGUGAUGCGCAAGUUCAAGGCAGCCGGCAACGCCACCCUCUACGUGCACGUGUACGACGCACUGACCAUGUUCUACGUCGCCACGGCACACCUCCCACUGGCUGCCUUCCGCAGACCCGUGUCCGCCACGUGUGCGAUGAUGCCGAUGGACGUCGCGCUCCAGCGUGACCUCAGCAUGACGGAGCAGGUGGUGCCGCCAAAGGUGUUCCCCGUGAUGCGGCACGCCGGUCAGGUGCACCUCACGAUUUUCUGCGUCGGUGUUGGGGAGGCGGAGGGGGGCUUGGCGGGUCAGUCCAAUGUGAUGCGGCUCCCAGGAGAGGGGGCGGCGCAUAAUGGUGGUGCUGACGGUGUUCGUGGUGGUGGCCGCGUCAUUACUGCGAAGAAGCUCCGUCACGUCGAUCGACUCAACGGGUCCGCGACGUCAUCAUCAAGCGGAGGCGGCGCCCCAAACGCUGACGGCGGUUCCACCGCGCUGCGCGAGUCGUCAGCAGGAAAUGACGUGAGCGACCGCAUCACCGCCGCCACUGCGACUACGACUCCUCCUCCUGCUGUUGCAACGGGAGGAGAAAACGGUAAUGGCGGCGGUUCUCUGCACCGGCAACGCACCGAGUACAUUAAGAAGCAACUGCUGGCGCAGCAGCAGAGCACCGGCAGCCCCCUCCUCCCCGGUGUGCCGGACGCACACGUGCAGGCGGCGCAGGAGGCAGCAGAAAUGGAGUACCGCCUGCGCCAACUCGAGCACGAGCGCGCAGCCGUUAAAUCAAAGCGCAUCGCCGAGGCCCUCCUCAGCCGCCUCACGGUGGAGCACGACGUCCACGUCGUGUCGUGGCGACCAGAGGUGAUCCGCACGCCCUUUGCGAAUCCGUUUGGCACUACGAUGCAGUUCUUCGUCGAGGUCGAUCCGGGCGAUAUGGACGUGUGCGCCGUCGUGGACGGCGCGAACUUCUACCUGGGGCCCCGUGAACGCACCGAGGUGCUGCUGGUCGUCCGCCUCUCCGCACACGCGGCGGAGCAUCCAAACGUCACGCGAGUCACCGCCCGCGUCUACUCCGAAAGGCGCGAGCUCGUCUGCUGCGUUCGCGUGAACGCCACGGUGGAGCCGCCGUUGGUGGACCGCCGCUACGAGGUAUUCGGCGCCGCCGGCACGGAGGUGUCGACGCGGUUUCUCAGCCGCACGUUUUCUGCCGCGAGCUUCCCGGACACGUCCAACAGCGCCGCGUUGCUGCGGCGCAUGCGCGAGCUCUGCGCGUUCGCCGCGACGUCCUCGGGGACGACGACGGUGCGCACCAACGCGGUGCUCGACCCCAUCACACAGACGCACAUCACGGCCUGGGAGGAGGCGACGGUGACGACGCAGAUCCCGAAAGAGUUAGGGCGGCAGCGCAUUGAAUACGUCACCUUCUUCUACGAUGCAGCCAUGAGCCGUGUUUAUGAGACGUGGGAGCUGUGCGUCUUUGCCUGUGAAAGCUACAUGACGCGUGACAUUUACUGGGGACAGACGACCGCCCUCGGCCUCCCUGCGGAGGGCACGGAGGAUCUGUACUGCAGCGACACGAAGGUGAAGGUGGAGCGGCGGGGGCCUUCGUACGUGUUGCGCCUCCACCCCCGCGAUGUCGGGACGCAGAAGAUGCUGCUGCACACCCUGCAGGACAGCGCGCUAAAGAAGACGCUGCUCACGGUGCCGACCGUCUACCCAACCCCAUCCUACACGCAAGUGAUCGAGCUGUCUUUGGAGAACGCCCGUGGGCCGGUGCUGCGCCGUCUCACCUUCGCCCAUCGCGGCGAGCAGGAAGAGGUGUUUCAAGUGCACCACAACUACAAGUUUAAUCUGCGCGUGAGCCCGUCGAAGUUCGCGCUGGCACCGGGCGACUCGCAGUUUGUCGGGUUGCAGUUCGACAUGCUCACGCUACCGCCCGGCCAGCUGGAGGGGCGGUGGCCGAUGUGGAUCUUCAUCAACAACAGCGAGGACAAGACGGUGGAAUCGUACCAUUUGGAGGUGGUGCUGCGCGCGCAUCCGGUGGCGCCGGUCGUACAGGAGUAG